AUGCAGUCAGUCAGGGCCCUCAGUGUCAUGGCAAACGCCACAAUUGUAACGAUUAACGAUGCUGCUGCAGUGGCAGGAAGGAGAGAUAGCUGGUAUGACCCCUUCAAGACCUGGUCUGAGACAUAUACCUUUGAUCUUUUGGUAAAAUUGACCGAGGCACAGCACAAACUUGUUCUCGGAGCAAGCAGCACUGGUGCUGUACUUGACAUCACCGAGGCACUUCCUCAAUUGCAUGUACAGGAUGAUACAGCGCAGCAUCAAUGCCAUCCCACUCCAGCUGCAGCGCUCUUGUUCACUGAAAACCUGACUUAUGUCGAGAAAUAUAUGCCUCUGCUCUGCGAGAAGUCAUGCAGUGAAAUGGACUUGGAUGCAAUGUUCGAAGGAAUGCACUGA